AUGGCUGCCGCGGCUGAUCCAACACCCUGCGCUGCGCAGCAACUGCAGCAACUGCUGCUGCAGGAGCUUCCAGUUUCCUCCGCUGCCACGGAGCAGCAGGCAGCAGGGGCCCCCCCCCUACCGGGGUGGUCUCCAGAUGGGGAUGAUGUGGGGGCCUCGCCAGAUGCGAGAAAGCGGCUGCAGCAAAGCCGAGGCAAUCCUCCAAGUCUCGCAGCUCCAUUUUCGGUGAUUCCGUGCAGCACACGGAGUAGCGAUGGCAGCAGCGGCCCGGCGGAGAGCAGCAAGAGCUGCAGCUCCACCAGUCAGCCUGUCAGCAGCCCUUCCGCGUCUGAAGCAGCAACCGCGGCAGCUGCUGAGAUCGAAGACGACGAAUUUUUGCUGCAGCGGCAGCAGCAGCGAAGCGGCACCAACACGAGCCGGCUCGCAUCCCGCCGACCACUAGGACUGCAGGCUGCGCUCACGUCUGCAGCCGCAACGGCUGCCGCCUCUACCGCUGUUUCAGCAAGGCCCUCUCCUUCGGCUGCCUCGGAAGGAAGUGUCGCCUCCAUCGGACGGAGCACGAGAGCCUCCACGCGUCCAAAGCGGCAACUCGCCAGGCGCGAUCUCUUGGAUCAGGGGCAGCGGCUGUGCAGCAGCACGGGGAGCAGCGCAGGCAGCAGCAGCAAGCAGCAGAAGCGGUCUACACAGCAGACAAGGAGUCGUCGCUCCUCCUCGCUAGAUCCGCAUGCCUUGGAUGCCGUGGCCUCUGCAGCUAGCGGUUUAGAAGCCGCUGCUGUUGGAGGCAGUUGCGGCAGCGGCAGCCCUUCGGGCGAGCUGUCUUCGAUGAAGCAACAACAAACGAACGAGAUGCUGCUGCGGCAUCCAGGAAGAGAUCGCAGUGGUUCCAGACAAGACGAAUGGAUACACAUGCGCAACGAGAGGCAACAGCCAUCCGACAACCAGCUGCGACAGCUUGGAGUCCAUUUUAGUCGUUACGAUAACUCGUGGGUAGCGCGUCUGCACGUCGGCGGGAAGAUCCUCAAGAAGUAUUUCUCCUCGAAGCUCUAUGGCUUCGAGAGGGCAAGGGAGAAGGCGUUACAGGCGCGAAGGGACAUGGAGCUGGAUCUGCUACGUAGCCAGCGACAGCAGCAGCAGGAAGCAGCAGCAGCUGCCGCUGCGUCGGGCGUUGCCAACGGUGGCAACAGUAGCAGGUGCAGUGUUACUGGCAGCAAUGCAAAUAGCGUCACGGCGAAUACGCCUACGAGUUUUUUGGGGGCAGCCGCGACAGCAGCGCCUCUACCGCCUUUGCUCUCUGCAGCCGCCGUGGAGGAGGAAGUCUUGCGAUCCGAGGAGGGUCUGAAGAAGGGAAUGUCGCUUUUCCACUCCGCAGCGGCUGCGGCUGCCAUGAUGCUUGCGCAGCAGCAGGUGAUGCAGCAGCUGCUGCUGUUGCAGAUGCAUUCCUCGGCAACGGCCGCGUCGACAGCGCAGCAGCCGCAGCAACGGCAGCGGUCGGGAGAUUCGCUGCUUUCUCAGGCCGAGACGACGGGGUAUGCGUUGCAGCUGGAGCAGCUGCAACGCCUCCAGCAGCUGCAGCAGUUGCAGCAGCUGCAUCAGCAGCAGUUCGCCACCACUUUCCUGCUGGCAGCUGCAGGGUGCAUCGCUGAUGGCGGCACAGCCAGCAGCGUCCCCACUCCGAGUAGCAGCAGCACACCCGGAGGAAACAGCAGUAGCGCCUGUUGCUGCAGCACAAACGGCUGCUGCUGCGGCACUUCAGGUGACUCCUGCAGCGGGGGUCUGUGCAAACUGGAGAGGCAGCAGGAAGAUCCUGAGCAACAGCAGCUGCUGUUGGAGGGGCCUAGCAGAGGACGGGGAGGCACCCGUACAGGGUACUCCUCCCCCAGCGAUUUUAGGAAAAACUGCAAUAGCAGCAUGGGGGGAGAGAUCUCGGCUACGCCUACAGGGAGGCAGCAGAACGGCGUGACAACGGCGGAUAAUCCCCUGCUGCCUCAGAGCGGCAGCGACUCGCCUUUUGCGGCAGUUGCCUCGCUUCUAGCCUCUUUAGGCACUCAAGGAAAAGGCAACAACAGCAGCAGCAGCUUGGCUGGAAGCAACACGAGCACUGCAGCCAGCGCAGGCGUCGUCAGCAAGAGGCGGGGGAAUACGCCUGCACUGCCGCUGCAAGAGAUUUCCCGAAGUCGUGGAGGGUCUCUCCAGCAGCAGUCUCUUUCGCCGGAUUCUGCGUCUGUCUGUUCGCCAAGAGAGUUGCAGCAGCAAGUGCAGCAGCGCCUGCAGCAGCUGCUGCAUCAGCUGCAACAAGGCCAGGAUGGAAGCAACCACCUACACACCCCCACGGGCAUGGCUGAAGACCAGCAGCGACAACAUGACACUUCGACUUCGUCGCUGCUCCCAUGCCUACAGGACCUGCUGCAGUCACUGGGGGCUGUUUCUUCCCAGUCGCAGCCAGAAGCCACUGCAGCAGUUGCUGCUGCUGCUGCUGCUGCACCGGGUGGCCACCAGCAGCAGCAAGACUCUGCACGCCUUCGAGAGGCCGUGCAGCAGCUGCGCGAAGUGCAGCAACACCGCUUGCUGCAGGAACGGCAGCAGCAGCAGCAAACCAUUGAAGAUGCUGAAAUGCACGAGGGUCACCUAGGGGAUAUGGAUGCUGAUGCUGCUGCCCUCCUAGCCAGCAGAGGCAAAAAACAUCGAAUUCCAGCCUAA